GAUGACAGAGACACACACUGUGACACCGCGCCCAUCGACUCCCACGUGCACAGAUGCUCUUGCAGCGCGUAUGAAGGUCGGCACGGCACACGAGGGGACGGUCAGUAACCAGGUCCCAGCCCGCUGUCUCUCUCGAGUCUUGCGAUGUUUUUAGCUUUUAACACACCCACCGAUGGGGAGGCACCGGGACUGGUUCACAUAAUCGUCACCGGCGUUCGGAACGUGAGUGGCAUCCGAACCCGCGUUUACCGCCGGGGUUCGUGGCCAGGCUCCGUGCGCUUUAACUCCCACCCAAAAGUCACGCGGAAGUCGACGUUGUGGCCGUGGGCCAGUUGCAGGCACCCGCCCCAUUCCCGGACGAGUCGCCACCCCGGAAGAGUCGCCGCGCACGCAACGCGGAUGGCGGCGUCGGGCGAGAACCCCGAGCUGCAGCGGCUGCUGCUGCAGUUGAAGGAAGAGGACACAUUGGUGGCCGGAGAGAAGUUUCUGUGCAUGUUGAAGUGUCAGCAUCAUGUGAUUGAGCUGCUCACGAAGGAAAAUAGAGAGCUUCGGAACGAGGUGGCUCGCCUGCAGAGAGUAUCCCUGCCUACAUCAGAGCCGCCUCUUCCAGUGCCACUCCCCUACCGCUGUUACGGGCAGAUGUUUGGGGCUGCGGAGAUUUUCUUGAGCUGGCUCACCGAGCCGUUCAGGUCGGAAGGCUUGGACCUCAGGCCCACGUACCAACCCGCGUCGGCUGAGCGGUCACCCUGUGCCCUCCCGGUCAACGCCGCGUCGCAGUUUCCCGCCGCUUCCCCUGCACUGCCGCUUUUCGUGUUCUGCGUGAACGCGUCGCGCGUUGCCAGCGACACGGAGCCGGCACGCCGUGAGCUCAGCCCAGGUGAGCUACCCGUCCUCGUGGUGAUGCACCACACGCCAAACCCCAACCACACGGACCCCAGAAGCAGCCUGCACCUGUCGUGCCAUGGCAGCAGCGAGAGCGGAGACCGUAGCCCCGGCUUCCAACUCAUCCUCGACUGCUUCUUCUUCGAGCACCACGGCCUCUACGACUGCCGCCAGAACCGCAGCGCCGUACUGGCGGCGGCCUCGUACCUGCGCGGCAAGCUGCCCGUCCGCAUACCCGGGAGCAGCUGGCCAGAGAACAGCAGGAUGGGUUGUAACAGCGGCACAGGAUAUCCGUGGCCUUGUCACCCCUCGUAGGCUGACACUGUACCAAAGGUGGCAACGGCAACAAAGUGCUUGGGUGGAGCAAUCCACAGUGUGGCUCUAUCAGCGGGGGGGAGAGUCUGGAGACAGUAGGACGAGAUUCCCAAAUGCUUGGCAUCUGUAAUUUGCAGACUGCUUUGAGAAUGCUUAGUGGCCCGUAGGGACGUCUUUGUGUCGGGCAGUGAAGUUGGUGCAAACCUUGUAUGACCAACCGAAGUUGAACAUCUGACUUCUCCGCAAAGUGCCCUCCCAUCGUUUGAAUAGAGAAGUCUGUGGAUUGUAUCAGCUAUCUAACCAAUAAUUACUAGGGUCUGUUUCCUCAUAGGACAUGCCCCAACUUUCAUAGUGUGGCAACGCCCGUGGCCAACAGCAGAAAAGGAGCGACUCAUUGAGCAAAGGAUUUUUGGAGAGAACCUUAAUUGCUGGGGUGUUGAACACAUGAAGGGGGAGCAGAGUAGAAUGACAGGGGGGGGUGGUAUGCAGGGAGGAGUCCAUAGAAGAUCUUGAGGACAACAUUGAGGAUGAUCUUAUAAUUGAUCUAGCACUGGAUCUGGGGCCAGUUUAGGGAUCUGAGGAUUGGAAUGGUUGGGUCUCAUGUGUGUGCGCGAAAAUGUGUUGCCGUGCUCACUUUGAGAUAUCUCAUGGACGGUGCAACGUGACGAGAAUCCCUGUGCCUUGAGGCUUGUUUACUAACACGUGGUGCACAUGAUCCUUGCAGUUGGGCAAAGUGAGAAGUGGGAAGGUUAUUCUCACAGUGGGAUCGCUUGUGUUUCUUCAACCCUAGGAACACUUCAAUUCAAUAAUGGGUUUUUUUUCAUGAUUUUGGCUUUGUUGUAGUGUGGUGCGCAGUGUUCCUUUGGAUGUACUUGGAUAUCUGUUUAGGGUGCCGAGGUUUGAAUGCUACAAUAAAUAAUAUGUAUUUAUACUGAAUUAGAAAUUCUCAUAAAUGAAAAACAUUCUUCUUUCGGUAAAGUUCUGGUACCUCCAGCAAUGUGAUGUUCUAUGGCUUAGCACGGUUGGCUCCGUACGGUGCAAAAGAAGUUCAUCAUAACACAUGUAUUGACUGGACGGAUGAUGGGCUGAGUGGACCCUCAAACGUGAUUUGAAUUCUCAAUCUUCCAAUUUACGAACCGCUCACUCUACUGCUGAUCCACCUGGCCAGUUAUUUGAACACCAGAAUUAUGUAUAUUCUUUCUCGGGAGCAUUCAUCAACUUUUGUGUAGCACUACUUUAAAGGUUCCUGAAAUUGCAUCAUUAGUCCAACCAUUUUAUCGAACCAAGUGUGAGCCUACAAACGUUCUGGAGCACUUUUUGCAGGACCUGAUUGGCCACAGUUAAGACAAUUAUUUACUUUGCCCUAUCAUUGUUCAUUUAAUUACAGGUACCAUUUGGAUUUCAGCUAUGGCACCUUGUAUAACAUCGUGUGAUCUUCUUGUGAAUGAUGCAAGUGAGUCUUACAAAGCCGGGCUUGGCAAACGUCUGCAAUCCAGCGCUUGCGGGGGGGGGGGGGCAAGGGUUGAUGAAUCGUGUCGAGAUCUCUAACAUUUCUGAAUCCACUUGGCUGUGAGGUGGCCAGAAGAUGGCUGCACAUCAAAUGCAUUGUUGUAUCCGUCUUUAAGCAUUAUUCACUCAUGUGGUUGAUGUCUCUAUAUGUCCGCUUAGUUUCUUUGUACAUGCCAAAGGCUCUUUAAGAGAAUUGGUCAAACCUCUCACUUGAAUAAAGAGUCUUUAAACAGUGAGGUUUUCCUCGGCAAAGAACAUGACUUAUUAAUAUUAUUACGUCAUGAUAUUGCUCUGCUGGAUGUACUGGACAGGCAGAGGCGUCGUGUUGUCAAUCAUGAAUUGCAAAUUGACUGGAAGUUGAGUUAGUCAUGAGAAUACCACUGCUGUGUUGUUCAUGUUUUUGUUUUUUUGUUUGUUGCGGUUGCACCCGAUUCAAGAGCCGAAUGGCUCACAGGGCUAUACCUAAUAAAUGAAACUUGAAACUUGUUUUUUAUACCAGUCACACUACUGCGAUGUAUGUAAUUAUUAACAAAAUGUAUGUGUGUGCAUAUACCAUGACUUAUAAUCUGCUGCUUUAGUCAAAUUGUAUGUUUACUGUGCCCUCAAAGAUCUUCCAUUUAGUCUUACAUGCUGGUUCAGUGCUGUUAGCGAGCACCUGUUGAAGCUGGCAUAGGGCACGAGGGGGGUGGUGUGUUGCCAGCACCACACUCGCCUUUGUCUUCCAAUUGCUAAUAUUUUGCACACUGAACUAAAAGUACUGAUUUAAGGCUGAUUCGACCUAGACGAGACCCAAGUCAUGUUCACAUAUUGCAUGCCGCUGAUACAUUAUUUUUUUGGAAUCGAACCCAGGAGUAGAACUGCCGUUCGUCACGAAGUGGUUGUGACGUCACCACGGGACUUGUGCCAGACGAGGCGCACCUUGAGGCUACGUGAAGUGUCGAACUCUCGCUUGCAGGUCACGGGACAGACCUAGGUGCCAUGGGUUGUCUGACUGGGGUACACCCCGAUUGGCACAGUCAAGUUGAAAUUGUAAUCCAGUGGUUGUGGCCGCACUGGCAAAUGUAACGUGUACAAAACAUUUACUUCGGAAUAAUUCAAAGCGUAU